GCCUGUCUGCGUGUUUAUCCUAGUUCCUGGCCUGUGCCUAGAACAUUUAUAAAACGCUUUUCCACCAACCCGGAUCCGGAGCUUGAGCUGAUAAAGAUCUGUUUUGUUCGUGUUUCCACCGCUUUAAGCGCCGAAACCCGGAUCUUUGCUGACCCCACUCGUGCCUCUUUCCCACCAAACCAGUUCCAGCUGUAGCUCCGUGUUUAGAGCCCUUCUGCUUCCGAACCGGCUCUUCUUUUUCACUAUGGAUGCCACCACAUCGAAGCAGCAGUGGACCACUGAAGAGACACAAUACCUCCUCGGGAUUUGGGCCACGAAAGAGGUACAAAGAAAGUUGCACGGUACGACGCGGUCCAAGGCAAUUUUCCAGCAGAUGCAGCGGGAGUUGGCCACUGCUGGAUAUCACCGGACUCUGCAGCAGCUAAGCAAUAAGCUUAAAAAACUUAAAAAGGAGUACCGGGAUCAGAAAAGAGACCUCGGUCGAAGUGGAAGCGGCCGCCCGAAACUCGGUCCACAUUUCGAUGUGAUGGACUCUGUCCUGGGGGACCGACCAACGAGUGGACUAGCGUCUGCUAUCAACUCUAUUUCACUGGGGUCUCUGGUGGUGGACGAGACGCAGAAUGUUCUGGACUCUACAGUAAUUGACAAAUCCCACACUACAGAGAGCAGCGGGUCCUCUGCCUUAAGAAGAAGUUUUCUUAGAGUCAAAACAGGGGCUCUUAAACGGAAGGCUGACAGUGAUACCUCAAAAGACUUUCUCAGUGCUAUGACAGAGUGCCACAGGCAGUGGCUGGAGAUGGAGCAGGAACAGAGGAGGGCGGAGUGGGAGAGGGAAGCUCAGCUGAGGCGUGAGGAGAUGCAGCAGGAACUGGCUCUACGUCGAGAGGAAGCAGAAAGAGAAGAGAGACUGAGGCGCGAGGAGAUGGAGGCUCGAAGUAAAGACAGUGAGCUGCUGACCGCUUGCUUAAUGCAAAUUGCAAAGAUUAUUUCAAAGGACCCUGCUGCUUCGUAAGGACAAAUGCCUUUUCAAGGUUUUAUUGGUCAUAUGCACAGCAUGAAUGACCAAUAUGAAUGAAUGAUUGAUUUUUGACAGCCAGAAUAGCAAUGGACCAAUGGUAUUUGGUUAGUUAGUAUUCUAAAUGCUUUCAGUGAUAAUGUGACCACUUUUUUUCAGUAACGAGUAAUCUAACGCGUUACUAUUUCCAAACCAGUAAUCAGAUUAAAGUUACUUAUCCAAGUCACUGUGCGUUACUAUUUUUGACAUUUUCCUAAAAAGAUAUAUUUUUGCUUUCUUCUUGAGUCUCGGGGAGUGAUGUCUAUGCGACUAUUAAAUCACGUUUUCAGCACGAGGACAACUCGCGUGUAAUACCACGCAGCGACACAAAAAUAAACAACAAUGGAGGGAGGAGAGAGAUGUGCGUUUUCUAGCUGGAAAUACAGUCACUAUUUUGAGUUUGUGUCAGCUAAAGAUGACAAAAUUAAGGUUCGUUGUUCUCUCUGUACUGGAGACAAAGUGCUAUCUAGCUUCAAAAACACUACGUCAAAUCUGAAGAAACAUUUGGAGUCGCAGCACCGCACAGUCAAACUUACAGAGCAAGUCCCACCAGGUGGAGCGAAUCUGAGAGCUGCGACUAAUGCAGGAGGUCCCCCACCACCCAAAAGUUGGACUUCGGUGCAAAACCAGUAAGUUUGUUGUCGGCAGCUGCUGAAUGUAACUGAUAAAGUAACUUGUAAUCUAACGUAAGUUACUUUUUAAAGGAGUAAUCAGACGUCUUUUUCAAGGUAACUGUGGCAACACUGCUCGCUUUUCUCUUUAAUGCUUGAGUUCAAGUCAUUGUAUUAAAUGAGUCAAUCAAUGUACAAUCCAACAUCUCUUUACCCCUGAGAAGUGUGAUGUCAUAUAGAUCAUUGUAUUGUUUUUUGGAUGUGUGAGAAAAAUAUUUCAAUAAAACCCAAAUGACUAUA